GCUUUAUUUCAUUUUUGGAACUGUGUUUUGUAGUUUUCGCACAACUAACGUCUCGGAGUGAGACAAUUUUUUUUUUCAAUAACGAAUAUCGGUUCGUUCAUCACGACUUUCUUGAUGCUUUUCCAGUUUUGUUUAGUUAUGCCUUCAAUUAAAUUUUAUUGUAAGAUGCACAGUAAGUUCAAAUGUAACGUAAUAUGAAAGCCUAGCAUAAUUACAUGCAGUUAAUGCUGUAUACAUAUAAAUUACUUACAGACUCCAAAUUCCUGCCGGUUGUAAUUUCUUUGGCUCUUCCAUGCUAAGUUAACAGCCAACUAAUCAAGAUCAAAUAUGUCCGCCCAAUAUUUCUAUAAUAAGGUCAUUGAUAUAUAUGUUCCAUAGACAUAUGUUAUAUUGAAGCUCUCUUGUCAAGUCACCAGUUGAACUAAAGUCUGACAUGCCCAUUACCUGAAAUGACUGCCCUGGAAAACCGACAAGAAGCUAUUUUGGCGCAGUUGGCCGAUUUGAAGAAUCAAAUCACAGCUCUUAGAGGACAAUUAAAGCAAUCCGCUGCGCCUCCUGCUGUAAAAGAAACCAAUAUUUCAAGGAGUAGAACAUGCAAUAUCUUACAGAACGGAGUGAUUCAUGAUAUCGUAAUAAAUGCCAGCCCCAAGUAUCCACCGUAUUCCCUUGUGGCUUUACGAAGGUUAUGGGGCGACAGCUUGAAGUUGGGAGUUCGCUGUCAUAUUCACUCAAGUGUGCUCCAGUUACCAACAAACCUUGAGAAUUUCUUGUCUGUUAUAUCUGAUGAUUGUGAUCAAGAGAGAUCAUCACUGUUAAAUAUCACUCUAGUCUGGAAGGAUGUCGGACCUGAUACAGAGCUAGUGGUAUCUCCCAUGAAACAUAUUACCAUCAAGGGUGAAGUAAACAUUCUUCGAUAUUUAAGCCGCCUUGGUCCUCCAAGAUACAACUAUGAACUAAGUAAUGAUCCUGCAGUGUCAUCUAGAUUGGACAGCUUACUCGAUACUUGCUACAGUCUGGCACGGUGUAGGACAGUCAAGGAACGGCAGUCGUUAAUUCAUUCACUGAAUUGCUGCCUAGGAAAAUCACAGUUCAUGGCAGGAGGGGACGGGAUUUCAAUCGCAGAUAUAGCGGUAUGGUCAGUCUUCAGGCAGAUAAAAGUGGAACCGCUGCAAGAUCUGAGUGGUGCCAUGAAAAACUGGCUACAGCACUGUUCUCAGUCGCUUAAGCUUGAUUCCUAACUUCAUGACGGCGGUUGGUGGGAUGCAUCUAUGGAACAUCGCUGAAACAAAGAGUAUUACAUGUGAUGCGUGGAAGUCUUCCAUUCUACAUUGUAAAAAUAUUGUGAUAAUGGAAUAUUAAUGGUGGAAAAGAAAAAAAAUACAAUUCUAAAAAAAAUA